AUUAAGCAUACUUCCCCUCACUCAAUACACACUCCAAUUCUCAACAAUAUUAUCAACGUUAUCAGGUUUUAUUUACUAUACUAUUAUAUACACGAAGUCAGUCCAAUAUAGCGAAAAAGUUUAUCGUCAGUUUUCAAACGAUAACUGGUUCGUCGAGUUCAUCAGCUGUUUUCUUCACAAACGUAGUAUUUUUGCCUGUAAAACGAAUCAAAAAUAAACAAUGAACGUCGACAUUCAAGAGGAAAGAUCAAAAGUUUCGUUCAACAUCGACGAAUUUACUAAUUGGUAUCAUGGUGGAUUCGAAAAUGUAAAAAAGAAACGUUUCAUUGAAAGCUACUUCCUCAACGAUCCCGAACUGCAAGACAAAGUACCGACAAGCUACUUGAGUCAUAAGGAAGUCUAUGAAGACUCUAUAAGAAAGUCGACCAUCGUAUUGCGGAAGUUGAAAACACUCCAAGAUGAGGGUAUUUGUGGUCCUGAAUUGAAUAGUGAAAUUCUCGGAGGAACGUAUCAAAAAUACAUAAUGCGUGAAGGAUGCCCUAUUAGCGUACACUACGAUAUGUUUAUACCGGCGUUGAGGAACCUAGGAACACCUCAACAGCAAGCUGAAUGGAUCCCUCGCGCGAUUAAUUGUAGCAUAAUCGGAGCUUAUGCACAAACUGAAAUGGGCCAUGGGACGUUUGUUAGGGGGCUAGAAACAACUGCUACUUAUGAUCCACAAACGAAAGAAUUUAUUGUCCAUUCUCCAACGAUCACCGCUUAUAAAUUCUGGCCAGGGGGUCUCGGUCAAACCGCAAACUACGCCAUAGUAUUUGCAAAUCUGUAUACACUGGGAAAAAGUUAUGGCAUUCAUGGAUUUCUAAUUCAACUAAGGGACGAAGUAACUCAUAAACCAUUGAAGGGAAUUACGAUCGGAGAGAUCGGUGCAAAACUCGGUUUUAAUUCGGUCAACAAUGGUUUCCUUGGAUUCGAUAACGUUCGUAUUCCGCUAAAAAAUAUGAUGAUGAAGUAUUCAGAGGUACUAGAGAACGGCGAAUACAAGAAGUCAAAGAGUGCAGUACUUACGUAUGGUACAAUGACGUACAUUCGCGUAGCAAUCGUUAACGACGGGACCAGUUUGUUGGCCAAUGCUGCUACUAUUGCAAUGCGAUAUUCAACAGUCCGCCGACAAAGUCCGAUUGACUCUAACUCACCAGAACCUAGGAUCAUCGAUCAUGUCACUCAGCAAAUGAAAAUUUUCCCAAUCAUUGCGAAAGUCAUCGUUUUCAAGAAAGUGGCAGAGCAACUCUGGGACAACUAUGUCCAGGUAACCCAGGAACUUGAAAAAGAAAAUUUAGAUGGAUUGGCAUCAUUGCAUGCUAUAUCAUGUUGCUUAAAAGCGGUAUGCACGAACGAGACAACCCAGGCUGUUCAAACUCUUCGCCUUGCGUGUGGCGGUCACGGUUUCUUAGUUUCGGCUGGUUUUAGUGACAUAUUUAAAUUUGUUACAGCCGCUCAAACGUAUGAAGGUGAAAAUACCGUGUUGUUGCUGCAAACUGCUAGGUAUUUGAUAAAGUCCUGGAGUCAGGCUCUAAAAGGCGAGACUUUACCAGCGUCUGUGGCUUACCUAGCAAAAUAUGUUAAUGGUAGUCAACCUAAACAAUGGAAUGGAUCGCUUGAAAGUAUUCUAGCAGCUUUUGAAGCAGCAACAGCAGGAAAAUUAGCUCUAGCUUUUAAGCAUUUGCAACAGAGAAUGAAAAACCAUUCGUUGGAAGAAGCAACGAAUUUAACUGGAAACGAACUGACGAAAGUAGCUGAAAUGCAUUGCUAUUUGUACUUGUUACAAUCAGCUUUGACGUCAUUCAAGACAGCUAUAAAGUCAGCAUCACCAGCAUUGGGUCAAGUUUUGAACGACGUCUUGGAACUCUAUUUUACUGAUACAACCAUUCAUUCGCUCGGAUUGUUGUUGCAGUUCAACAACAUAACAUCCGAUGAUAUUGAGGCUCUCGAAAUUCGCUUAGACGAAUGCCUAGGAAAGUUGCGAAACAAUGCGAUUGGACUUGUCGAUGGUUUUGAUAUUCCUGAUACUGUUCUUCAGUCGACAUUGGGUGCAUACGAUGGUAAUGUUUACACACGCAUUCUUGAUGCGGCCAAGAAGUCACCACUUAAUCAGGAAGAUGUAAACAAGUCAUUCCAUAUGUACCUGAAACCGUUCAUCAAAUCAAACUUGUGAUUUUCGAUGUGGUGUGCUCGGUUAAAGUACAUUUCUGUGAACUUAUUUUUGUAAAUUGCGGUGUUGAUAUAAAAUCUUAAUCAAUUGAUAAUAA